AUGGAGAAGACACCUAUUAUUCGUCGAAAACCACCUGUACUGCCGUCUAUUCGUUCAUCGGUGGAUUCGAUGCCUUUGUCAAUGACUCCACCUCCGAUGGCACCACCCAGGUCGAACAAUCCGGCACGGAAACGGCCGGUUCCAUGGUAUUCCGGAGAUUUCAUGGAAGCAGUAUUCCCGAUGAGCGGAUCCGGUGACCGGAUUUAUCGGGUUUGGACCGGAACCGACAGAAACAUGUCAAAACCGAAAUGGCGAGUUUCCUCAGUAAUUUUGUCGGAAAUUCAUGGAAUCCUGCUUCAGGAAUCAUCGUCCUGGGCAUCGUCUUCUCCAGUUUUAACACCACCACAGCCUGCAACAAUAAUAGUAACUGCUCCACCGUCUGCACCAACUGUUGUUCCACCAACUACUGCUUCGACAUCUUUUGCACUCGUUAACUCAGCAGUCUCACUUCCUGGUUUGCAACUUCCCACAAUUCAUUCACUACCGCCUUUAACAACUGCUGCAGCUUCAGCUCAAGAUUCAUCAUCAUCACCCGAUCGUUUGACGUCUCAAGUUGAUGAUGUGUCCAAGUUGAGCCAAGUAGUGCGACAGAUGACCAUCACCACUCAAAUGCUGAGGUCAGAUGAUGUUCGUGUUUGUUCGAUUAACAAAGAAAAUGAACCUGUGUGGCUCACUGGCCUGCGAAAAGACCAUCGUGACUUUCUGGCAACGGCUGAUUUUGAAUUAAAGGAGAUAAGCGACAGCAUUGAUAACAUGCAGGAUCAGUAUGCUCUAGCAGAAAAUAUGAUAAAGACGGCAGAUAUUGACACACAACGAUGGACUCAAAAACAAGAGCAGUUGAAUGAACAGCAGAAACUGAUCAAUUAUCAGAAAAACUUGGUUAACGAAAACAUUGUUUUAGCAAUGGAACACAAACAAGAAGGUGAAUCCAUGAGACAAGCAUGUAAGAUUCAAUCUGCACGAAUGCGUGAAAAAUUCGAGGAAACUAAAAAGUUUCGCGCAGAAACAAACGAAAUCUUCCUCGAUUUAAUCGAGAGACGCAUCCAAGAACAUGGAUUGAAUAAUCUUUGUCGCGGUGCCUCGUCCAAGAAAGCGGUGGUGAAACGUUUGCAGAAAGCUGUUGGUCAUUAA